AUCCUCGGCUCCAAUACUCAACCCAAGACCCAAACAAAAUCUCAUGGCCUUCGUGACCUCGUUCUUUUGGAGCAAUGAAUCAGUCAGUUGUAAACAAUUUGUGUCCCUUUGGGUGUGAAACUCAUUGAUAAACUCAAUUGCUCUGAAAAAAAAACACAAUAUUGACACUGAAUUCCUGGAAUUCGCCAUCUGUCGACAGAUGAUUCAAUGCAUUUUUCCGCCAUAUUGGAAAGACGCGGCGAGAAUGCUCUGUCCCCAUACAGAAUUUUCGUUAACAAUUAAUUUUUCCCUUUCUUCAAUUCACAUCUUCCAAAGGUCUCCGUCAUCAUCGUGAUUAAUUCAAUAACUCUAACAUGAAUGAAAUGAUGAGUGAAAAUCAGAGUGCAAGGAAAAUAUCGACUGAAUCUUGGAGUCUGGAUUGAGUUUUGGUGUCGUUUGUGAUUUCUAGGUUAAGACGCAACAUUGGCGUUGCAUUGUGGCGGGUUGUGCAACGCAUUGUUUAUUAUAAAGAUAAGAUGAAUUUCACUGAAGUUCAUGGGGUUCACGGACUGUCACAAUUUUCGGAGUUAACGUCAACGACAAAUUCAGUAUCUAGUGCGAAUUAUGCUGGAGGUUUGGGGCAUCAGACUGGUGGACAGGGUAGUGUUUAUACGACAGCUGCAGCAUCUGAGCAAGGAAAGCAAAAUUCAUUGACAAAUGGUUCGAACAAAUACCCAGGAUCUCUUCUGUCAUGGCCUAAUCCAAACGCCUUAAUGCAAUUAUGCGAAAAAGGCCUCCAGCCUCUAAAUAUUCCGAAUUACAGUCAGAAUAAUUCCCUCCUUGGUGGACAGUCCAGUGUCAAUAGCUUACGACUACUUCCCAACAUGUACCUUCCCCCGACAUCACAUCCGGAGUCUCCCCCAAUAAAACAAGAGGAGAUUCGGCCAAAUGGAAACUCAAGGAGCCAAAGCAACGAAUCCCCAGCCCACAUUCAGCAGCAGAGUGCAGCGAUGGCUGAAUAUCUCCAGAAACUCCAGGCUACAACGUUACCCCUCACCCUCCAGCAGCUCAUAAAACUUCAGGGUGAUCCCGUGAAACGCGAGGAGUACAAGGAGGAGAAGUCCGAUCAAUCUCAGAAUAAUAUUCUCAAUAUUCCAAGUGUGCCAAAUUUUAGAAAUAAUAGCUCACAAAAUGGCAACUACAUGAACUCGGAGCAGAUGAUGGCGGAGAUCAAUCCCAUUGAUCUCAAUGUACAUAUAGAGGAUCAGGAGGCAAGCCCCAAUGCUCAGACCAUCCAGGGACAAAACGUCAAGGUGGAGCAGCAGGUGCAAACGGAAUCACCGAAGGUCGAGAAGAAGAUGAAGUUCAGGGCGAAAGUCGGGGAGAUUAAGAUUGCAAUGGCUCUGGAUGGCUCUAUGCUCUACUGCUGUCCUGAAUGCACACUGGCUUUUGCUGAGAAAGCAGAAAUCGAACAGCAUAUUCAGGGACAUGUGCAGGAGAGGAAAUAUCAAUGCAAAGAGUGUGGAGCGAUGUUAAAACGCAAAGAGCAUCUGGAUCAGCACAUGAGGGGACAUUCAGAUGAGAGGCCCUUCAAGUGUCCAGUCUGUCAGAAAGCAUUCAAGCGAAAUGAACACCUGACCAGGCACUACGUCAUCCAUUCCGGUGACAAGAACUUCACCUGCACAGUCUGUCAAAAAGCAUUCUCUCGAAAAGAUCAUCUGAACAAACACACGCAAACGCACCUGGGAAUAAGAAAAUCAAAACCCAAGAAGGAACAGAGUGUCCCUGAAACUCCUAAAGACAGUGACACGGUAAUGGACAUUCCCAAGCACGAACUCAGCUUUUUACUGAAAGACGGUAAUUUCGCGAAACAAGAUACGACAUUCCUCCAGCACAUACAGAAUCUACAGAAAGAUCAAAAUUUUAUCCACUCGUAUUCAGCGUUCAAGGAGCAAAUGAAAGAGGGAAUACACCAGCAACACGCUGUUAAUAUGAAUGAAAUAUUGCCCCAGAACACGAGGUAUCUGAUGCCAUCUUAGUUCUAGUUGAAAAUAAUUAUCAUUGAAUUGGAGAAAAUGGUGAUAUGUUGUCUCAUGACAUUAUUUUUUAUUUUGGAUUUAUUUACAUUGGCUAUUUCUCGUAAACGAAAUCAUUCGAGAGAUUGUCAGAUGUCUAUCCAAUACGUUAUGCUGAACCUCUUACAUUUUAUCACUUUUGGACAGAUUUUUAUUUUCGAAUACUUAUUCAACCCUUUGGUUAUAUGAUACCUGGAUCGUUUGAAUGAAGUAACAAAGACUCAUUAGAAUAAGACUAAGAGCUUCAACUGAACUGAAUCGAUGGUUGAUACUCCUAAGGUACUAGAAAUAAUAGAAAAAAAAAACAAACUGUUCAUAUGGUUUUUUUAAUAUGAUAAUGAGUGCAUAGAGAAUUGCCCGAUUAGUUUUAAACAUUCGCAUAGUACUAAUAGGAUUUUACGAUUAGAAAUUUGCCUUAAUGAAUUGUUUCUUAAGUUCCUCGGAGUAAUGAAUCUCUGAUACGAUAGGUGAAAAUGACUGCGUUAUUAUCGCGAAGGGCUGUGAAUCAGCUUACGUGUUCGAUUGAUUUUAUUAAUCGCUCAAGCAGAACAUUCAAUGUGCCAGUAAUUAAUACGUAUCGGUGAUGAAUUUUUUUUUCUAUGCGACUAGUUCUACCCACUCAAUCAAUUCCUCCCUGGGGAAUUGUUGAUUCGACAUUUUUUUUAUUGAUAAAAAAGAACGACUGUUUUGAAACAUCACGAGAAUAUGUCAUUGGUGGACUAGCUUUUAUCAAUUAUUUUUUAUCAUUACUUCUAGUCUGCUAGUCGCAAGAGUAAUAAAAUUAAUGUUGUGAAUGACUUUGUGAGAUUAGGAAUUUUCGUGUAAUCGUGAUUAGAAGCUGGUGUACUUAGAGGAACGAACAAAUUUUUUAUCAUGAACUUUUUUACUUCUAUCAUUAGCAAAUUGGUAUUUUGCAUAAUUUUUUUAUUAUUGAAUAUGAGUUUUAGAUGGAAAACGAAACUGGAAAAUUGAUGAGCGAUUAAAAAGUAAAUUGUCAAAUUGUCAAAUAUUUUUUUGAUUAUGAAAAAGGUCAGAGGAAAUAGAGAAUCUCCAUAUUGGAAUGGAUUUUUAAUGACCAGACGAUUUCUCGAUAGAUUUUCUCUCCAAUAUUUUCCAUUCGAUCCUCAAACUUCAUUUUUCAAUAAAGAUAAAAACCAUGCAACUACCCAAUUCCCAUGAAUAAUUGAUUAGUUAAAAAUAAUUGUAAAUAUACAAAUUCGGAAGUGGAGUCAAAUAACCGAUGAAUAUUUUGAUCUAAUCCGCAAUUUUCGUAAAGUAAUGAUUUUUCUUUGAGAGAAUUUGAACUAAAAUCAUGGAUUACUUUAUGCCGGCAAUUUGUUCAGUGGAACAUUUUCACCCUAGAUUUAAUUACUUCGGGAAUUCCAUAUCGUGAAGUUGAAAGAGUGAAUAAGUUUUCUUUUGAAAGGCAAUGAACUGCUUGUAGGCUCAUUCCGAUGGAAUAAUGCGCCUUAAUAACGUCCUAAGGAAUAUCGCACGCGAUAGAACCAAAGACUCUGCUCAUAUUGACACCAGUAUUUCUAUCUUCCACCAUUCAAUACUCCAUUUAUACCCCAAUUAUUCAUUUUAAUUAAUUUCAAUAAUCUCUCCCGGGUGAAUUACCUUGUAAAAAUGCAAUGCGUACACUUUUAGGUGAUUUUUCAAUACUAAAAAAACCACUCAAUAUCUAGGAUAAUAACAAAUUGUUAUGUAUAAUACGCCGAUUGCCAAAAAGGGGAGAAAGAGUUAAGUGUAAGAACGAGAUGAUAAAUUACAUGUAUUUUUCAGACCGAACUAUUUUUCAAUAAAAUAAAUGUAGUAAAAAA